CAGAAAUAUUGUGAUGUCGAUUGUGUACAUGGCAUAUUUUUAAUAUUUUGUAAUUUCUUAUUGAAGAAAUGAAAUGAAUAAUUAAUUGGCAUAUAGCAAGCAAUAACAUGGCAUUCGUCAGUGCGGUGACCGGCGAUGACUCCACGAAGAAGUUCAUGGAAGUCCUGCAAAAUGACUUCAAGACUUUGAGCCUGGAGACCAAGAAGAAAUAUCCUCAGAUAAGAGAAGCAUGUGAUGAAGCAAUAGAGAAAUUGGCUCUUGCCUCCAACAACCCGCAGGCAUCCCUCUACGGCGUGGUCAACCAGAUCCUGUAUCCUUUAGUUCAGGGGUGCGAAUCUAAGGACUUGAAAAUUAUAAAGUUUUGCCUGGGUACCAUCCAGCGGCUUAUAGCCCAGCAAGGCAUAGACGCUAAGGGUGCCCGGCAUGUAGUGGACUGCCUCUACAACCUGGGGCAGGCAGGGCUGCUAGAGCUGAAACUGCUGCAGACUGCCGCUCUGCUGAUGACUACCUCCGACCUGGUGCAUGGAGACACGCUCGCUAGGACAAUGGUGAUGUGCAUGCGCAUGGUGCCUACUACGGAGACGCGUGACGUCAGCACGAGCCACGCGGCCGCCGCGACUGUCAGGCAAUUGGUCGCUCUUGUGUUCGAGAGGGCUUUGGCAGAGGCCGAUGGCACAUUGAAAGUGAACCCGGCUGAUGUGAGGCCGCAGACGAACAGCAAAGCGCCAAAAGAUAUGAAGCCCUGUGCCGUUGAUGCUUAUCUCAUUUUACAGGAUAUAAUCCAGCUGAUUAAUGGCGACGCGGCGCACUGGCUGGCGGGCAUAUCCGACGUGCCCAAGACCUUCGGCCUGGAGUUACUGGACACGGUUCUCACUGACUUCUCUCCUGUGUUCUUUAAGAUACCAGAAUUUAAAUUCCUGCUCAAGGAGCAUGUUUGUGCUCUCAUAAUAAGACUGUUUUCGCCAAAUGUGAAAUACAGGGCGGCGUUCACCUCCCUCCACAUCCCGGGCGCCAGCGCAGCCCCGGGCUCCCCCGCCGCGGCGGAGCGCCCGCACUUCCCCGUCACCAUGCGGCUGCUGAGGCUCGUCUGCGUGCUGGUGCACCAGUACCACCAUCUACUGGUGACCGAGUGCGAAAUAUUCCUGUCGCUAACGAUAAAGUUCCUGGAUCCAGACAAACCUUUAUGGCAACGUGCGCUGGCACUCGAAGUUCUACACAAAAUGACUAUACAACCUAAUUUACUGAAGGCAUUCUGCGAAUGUUAUGACAUGAAGCCUCAUGCCACCAACAUAUUUCAAGACAUAGUGAACGCAUUGGGGGCUUAUGUACAAAGCUUGUUCGUGGCAUCUCAAGUCAACACUCCAGCUGGAGCGUCAGGCAUCCCUCAACAACCAGGGUUCUACUGGAAAGGCGUGUGGUUACCGCUCUGCGUCACCUUCGACCCUGGAACUGCCAAAUCUGUAUACAUAGAGAUGUUGGACCGCUCAGAAGCGCCCACGAUACAAGACGGCUACGGCAUAUCAGUCGCGUACGCCUGUCUCAUGGAGAUCAUACGGUCUAUAGCCAUCACGGUGGAGGGGGACGACUACUUUAGGUUACAAGAGAUGUACGAAGACGGACAAAACGAGGAAGAUAAGGAAAUUAACUCGAACAAAAAUGUUAAUAAUCAAAAAGAUUCUGAGUCCAGAAGAGAGAGUAAAGAAAUAACGAACAACGGACAUAAUGGUGAAUCCGAUCAGAAUUCCAAUCUUGUGGGCAAACUGGGCGACGAGAAAGAGAUGCAGCUAGCUUUGCAGUUGUUGAAAUCUUCGUGGUGCGGCCUGGUGUGGGGCCUGUCAGUGUUGGCCGAGGCCAGUAUCGGAGAGCUGGAGAACAUCCUCAGAGCUAUACAGACCUUGGCCAGGGUUAGCGGGAAGACCGGGCACACGGUGGGGCGGGACGCGGGCAUCAGCGCGCUGUGCCGCGCGGCGCUGCCCGCGCAGUACUGCGUGCCCGCGCUGGGCGCGCUGCCGUGCCCGUGGCGCCGCGAGCCCGCCGCGCCCGACCCCGACUACCGCCACCAGGUGGUCUGGGUGGGCACGCCGCUGCCCUCCUCGCUGCCGCCCGGCCAGCAGCAGUCGUUCGUGAUGGUGACCUCCCGGCACGUGACUGCGAUGAAGGCUCUCCUCUGCGCGGCGCAGCGCGACGGCGACACCAUACAGCAAGCGUGGCUGCCCGUGCUCACCACUCUGCAGCAUCUCGUGUGGAUCCUGGGUUUGAAGCCGUCUACUGGCGGUUGUAUGAAGGCGAGUCGUGCUAGUGCUGAUGCCAACGCCGUUAUGAGCACAUCGGCUGUCAUGGCCGAUUUACCUGGUCAGCAAGUUCCUGUGGCGGAAUCUCUCGGAGUUAUGAGUGCUCUUUCGGCGAUGCUGUCCCGCGUCUUCGAGUCGUCCAGGAACCUGGAUGACGUGGCGCUACAUCAUCUGAUUGAUGCUCUGUGCAAGCUGUCCAAUGAGGCAAUGGAACUGGCUUACUCCAAUAGGGAACCAUCUCUUUUCGCCGUGGCGAAAUUACUGGAAACUGGGUUAGCUAACUUGCACAGGAUAGAAGUCAUGUGGAGACCUAUCACGAACCAUCUCUUAGAGGUGUGCCAACAUCCACACAUCCGUAUGAGGGAAUGGGGCGUCGAAGCCAUAACGUAUUUGGUUCAGACGGCCUUCCAGUACCACCACAACCACCCCAGCCUGGUCACCGAGGCACGCCAGCGCCUUCUACUUGAGCCUCUGUCAGAACUAUGCGCAGUCCGACAUCCCGAUGUCAGAGCUCGACAGCUGGACUGUGCUGCUCGGCUUCUACAUUCCCUGGGGGAACAGCUGGGAGCUGCCUGGCCGCUCAUGAUGGAGAUUAUUUCCGCUAUAUCAUCACAGCACAGCGAACAACUGAUAAGAUCAGCGUUCCAGUGCGCGCAAGUGGUGGCCGGUGACCUACUUGGGUGUGCGGGGCCGAGGUGCCUUCGGAAAGUACUGACUACCGCCGCCGCCUUCGCUCAGCAGACCAAGGAAUUAAAUAUCAGCUUGACAGCCGUCGGUCUUAUGUGGAACAUCUCGGACUACUUGUACCACAACCGCGACAAGUUGUCGGCGGCGCUGGCGAGCGACGCGGCCGUGUUCCCCGAGCUGCCCCACCACGCCGACCUCGCCCCCCUCCACAGGCUGUGGAUGUGCCUCUACAUCCGGCUCAGCGAGUUAUGCACCGAGCCCCGGGCCCCAGUCCGCAGAGCCGCCAGCCAGACCCUGUUCAGCUGUAUCGGCGCGCACGGGACCCUGCUCAGCAAGCCCGCCUGGCGAGCUCUGCUCUCUGUGUUACUGUCUAUGCUGGACCAGGUACAGAAGCAGUCCAACAUCGCGAGCUCGGAGAAGGUGGACACCGGGGAGCACAUCCUCAUUCACCACACGAGAAACACGGCCCAGAAGCAGUGGGCGGAGACACAGGUGCUGACCUUAUCAGGAGUGUCCAGGGUGUUCCACUCGCGUUACCAGCUUCUGACCACGGUAGCUGACUUCAACCGCUCGUGGGCCGCGCUGUUAGACUUCAUCACCGACUUCGCGCUGAGACGGAGUCAUGAGGUAUCUGUGGCAGCCCUAAAGUCUUUCCAAGAAGUGGUGACGGCGGCGGGACGCGGCGACAACGCCGACGGUGUUCUCCAGAGGAAGGUGUGGGCCAGCGCCUGGGCCGCCUGGACCAAAAUAGCCGGGAGCCAAACACACCGCGGCCCACCACCUGUUGCGGAAGAAGGCAAACCGGCUGAAAUUUACGCGCCAUCUUUGAAUUUCCUCACGACGCUCGUGCAAAUAUUCCCGCUUAUAUUCCAACACAUACGGCCGACGUUCACCCCAGAAGACGUGGAAGAGCUAGGUCGCUGCCUAUCCUUAAUAUGCCGCAUAGAACCCGCCGCGACGUCUCUGGACUCGCUGGGGGCGGCGCCCGUCAGCCUGCCCGCGCUGCACUGCCUGGACACCGUGCACAAGGAGGCGCUGGUGCGGCACGAGCUGCUGCCGGCCAUGUUCUCGGCGCUGGCGGCGCUGUGGGAGGCGGGCGGCGGCGUGACGUCACUGUCGGCCGCCGCCGCGCUCUACCGCGCUGCGCCGGCGCCGAGCCGCGCCGCGCUGGUGGGCCUCAUACAGGCAUUACACAGGGCGGUCCAACAGUGCAGUGUUCAACAGGCGAGACGGCGCAACAGCGAGCCUCGCAACAAUGACGCGGCGCAGAUAGCGGCUCUGUUACUGCAGGUGCUAAGCACGGGUCUGCCUUUAGCGCGGGAACAACCGGAGGAGUACAAUGAUUUUUGGGAGGCGCUUCCAUCAGUGUUGGAAACAUUCAUGUUUCAACCCCCCGUGGGCGGCAGCAGCAGCGCCAGGGAGCUGGUGGUGGUGGUGCGGCAGCAGGCGCUGCGCGGCGCGCCCCGCGCCCCGCCGCGCCGCGUGCGCGCGCUGCUGGCGCUGGUGCGCGCGGGCGCGCUGCACGCGCAGAGGCAUGCUGCGCAAAACGAACAAGAGCUUCGUGAAAAUGAAGAGUUCGCUCGGACAUGCUUCGAGACCCUUCUCCAGUUCUCAAUGCUGGAAGAUGUGGAUUCGUUAGGAGACGUCGACAAUGACACUGACCCCCUGGCUAUAGUGGCCCUGCUGGACCGGUUCCAGGAGGUCAUCUCCAAGUACACCACGGAUGAGGACAACGCCGAACCUCUGCCCAGGCACCAGUUGUCAGAGAUCUCGUUCGUGCUCAAGGCACUGGCGACCCUGACAGAGUCUAUGAAGAAGGCGCCCCCCGGAAAAGUGGAUCCAGCGGCGUGGCAGAAACUUAUAGGAGUGUACCCGUCGCUGGCGGCGCUGGCGGCGGGCGCGCGCGCGGCGGGCGCGGGCGGCGCGCUGCGGGCCGCGCUGCUGCAGUACGCCGCGCUGCUCGCCGCGCCGCCCGCCGCGCCGCCCGCCGCGCCGCUCUAGCGCAGGAGCAUCUACAGCGGGUAUUUUUAAGCCAAUCAAUAGCAAAUGAUUUGAAGAUAAAAUGGGAAGUGGGGACUUUGCAAUAAUACGAUGUUUAUUAUAUAGACAUAAUUUACACAGAUUGAGACAGACCUAAAAAAUGAAGACCUUGAAUAUGAUCAAACUUCAAGUCCAAACUGGGAAUCGAACCCGUUACCUUCGUCGAUCAAAAGCCUUAUAUGUGUAUUACUGAAAGGGACCCCAUGAAAAUAAAUUACAAAUCAUUCCCUGACGUCGUAAUUGUUUUAAUUUAAGAUUAUUUUAUUUGUAAAUAGAAUAUAUUACAUGUAUAUAAUUUUAGUGAUUUGUUGAAACACAUAAUGUAGAUUGAUGUUAACGGAAUUAUGACAAAUAAAUGUUAUGCAUCAAAUCAUAUCGAUUUAGUACCUACUUCUACAUGGCAACAAUUAUAAUGAAUUCACAUCACUAGUAAGUUAGUUUUUUUAUAGGCUGAUAAAAAAUAUUUGAUAUAUAUAUAAAUUGGAAUAGAAUUGUUGCGACGUCUCUACGCUACAAGUUAUAUCAGCCAAUUACAGCGAGUAUGCUAAAUCGCGCUAUCGAAGUUUCCACGGAUCGGAGCAUAUAAUACAUCCUCUCGACUACGUCUGUCGUGCGGUUCCCCGGGCAUAACACCUAGGUAGAUCUUCCCUUUGUGACAGUCGAUCUUCGCUCCCCCUACUUCUUGGAAGCAGCAUCAGGAAACCAAAACAUUGUCAAUGGCGACUUUUUCGCUACUACACUAAAUGCUUAGAAGAUAUAAGUACGUAUAAAUGUAUUUAUUUAGUUUGACCCCACCUAAAGUUCCCUGUCAGACCCAAUGGUUGACUGGUAAAUAAUGCUUCUAGCGUUAAGUCCGCUAAUUUUGCUAUUAUGCAUGCAUGCAAAUGUAUAUACAUAUUUGUAUUUUGUACAAUUUCAAUUCAAUACAUAAAUAAAUAAUCCUAUUUUUUGUCCGUAUUGCAUUUUUUUUAUCAGGUUACUUUUACCAGCCUAUUAAAAUACUAGACUUGAAUUAGUUUGAAUAACUAAAGUUGUCACACAUUAAACGCGUCAAUGAGUUGGACAUUUCAGUCAUCAGAUCCCAAGGUACAUAAAUAUUUAUCUCUCUUCGUUUUAACAUUGUUAGGUAAUUAUAAUGAAGUUGUCAUCUUUAUUGAAAUAAUACGUAAAUUACUUACAAUAAUCUUGUAAUAAGUUAAAAGCUUGGAUGUGAACUCAGAUAAAAUAAUUCUAAUAACUUACAUACAUACAUACAUCACGCCUCUCAAAGAGGAUAUCCACUUGCCACGAUCCGUGCAUACUUCUUUCGCUUCAUCCACAUUCAAAACUCUCUCCAUGCAUAUACAAUAACUUGGAUAUAAUAAUGAUAUAAGUUGGAUGCCAAAUAUGGAAUUAACGUAUACUUCACUCAUAAGACGGAGUAGGAUAUCCCAUCUCACUCUCUCAUCAUGGCGUAUUCCCGCUGAAGUCAGAAUGUACUCAUUAAUUUACUUGUUAAAUGAUUAAUUAAUGUUAAAUCCGUUAGUGAAUAAGGUUUAGACACAUCGCUAGCAUCCCUGGGCCUACAUACACUUUAACUUUUAUUAUUUACAAGACGGGAAGGAUUUACAUUUAAUCUAUAAUUAAAUAAAUAUAUACCUACGGGACAAAUUCUCAAUUCUAUCAUUAAGCCACAUAGCUUAACGUGGCCGAUCGGUCUUUUCAAGACUGUUGUUGAAAUUCAUUCAUCUAUGCUAAUUCAUUUAUCUAAAUCAUUAUAGUGUAGGUAAUUUAGAUAGAAAAUAGCCAUAGAUAGAUAUUAAAAAAAUUGAUAUACAUACAUUCGUACAACAUACAUAUAUAUAUAUAGUUAAUCGCCACAAGUAAUAUAACUUAUGCUUAUGUAUAAGCAUAUAUAAUAACAUCUUUAUCCAGUCUCGCAAAGACUGAAAAGGCCACGUUCAGCUGUGCGGCUUAAUAUUCAAAUAGUGACAGCUAGCCCAUAACCUAAAAGCAGACAUGUCAUGCUGUAUUGGUUAAAAUUCUAUCCUACAGUAAUUGCUUCACUAAUAUUCUCCAUGUAAAACACCUAUGCCGUGCCGUGCACUAGUCAUGUGCCGUGUGGUCCCAGCGCCAAAUAAAAAAAAUAGGUUCACUCCAUAUUCGUUAUUGAUAGGCUUAUAAACUUAGGAUUCUUUUUUUAGGCGAUGGGCUAGCAAUUUAUCACUAGUUGAAUCUCAAUUCUAUCAUUAAGCCAAACAGCUGAACGUGGCCUAUGAGUCUUUUCAAGACAGCGGCCUUUGUCUACCCCGCAAGGGAUUUUAAAGUGAUUAUAUGUAUGUAUGUGUAAAACACUAAUGCGUCAUCAUUGCGUGUGGUACGUGGUACAGGGUGUUCCCGGCCCGUUCUGUUGCGUGUCCGCUGUAGCGUUUGUAAGAAAUAGCUGUACUUUUGUUACCAUGCUGUAUUUAAGCUAAUUUUAAGCAAUAUUGACUCGUCGCUUCUGCCGCCGUAUUAAUUUGAAUAGAAAUGUAAGUGCUAUACAUCUCUGGAAUCGGUUGUAUGCUCCCUUGAUUUAUACUUGAACUAGCUUUCGCCCGCUGCGCCGCCCGGGUGAUAUGUAUACCAUAUGUCUUUCUCCAGACUCCAAACUGUAUGUAUGCAAAAUUUCAUGGAGAUCAGUUCAGUCGAUUUAACUCGUAAUACGGACAAACAAACACUAAAUUAGUAUGGAUUAUUCAUAAGAGAACAAAGAAUCCAAAUUUUUAAAAGCUUUUAUUCAUUAGGUCAUUUACGUCAUUAUAAUUUAUUAUACACCAAAGUGUCAUAUGGUUUUCCUCCAAUAUUUCACAGAAUUGUUAUAUAUAAUUAUACGGUGACAGUUGAACGAGUUAUUCCUAAUACUACGAAUCACAUUAUUAAAUUAUGCAAUGUUUGUUAGCAUAGCCAUUAUGUAGCUUUAUUAUUAGGUUUCAAAGAAACACGAUCUUAGGUGCGAAGGAUCGUGUGACAAUAUAAUGUAGGGUAUGGCUAGAAUACUUUAUACUUACAUAUAGAUAAUAUUAUGAACAGUAUUGCUAGUUUAUGAUUUAGGGUAGGAUGGAAAGUUAGGAUACAGGAAUCCAAAGACGUCGAAGGACUACUAUUUCUAAUUAGAAUACAGACAAAAUGGGAAUGAAGCCGGUAGAAGUAGGUGAGUAAGUAGGUACUCAAGUAUUUUUUAGUUGGCUCGUUACAAAGGUAUAGAGGAAGCUGAAAAUUAUUGAGGUAUAUGAACGAUUUAAAUUUUAUCACAGUUUUUUAUAGCAAUGAUCGCAACUAAGAUCGUGUUUGUUUUAACAGUAAUAUUUAUAAUAAGCUUCCAUUAAUCACAUACGAGAGUUUUAUUUACGUUGUAAUAUUUUGUCUUUUGAAAAUAAAAUCUUAGACACUGUUAAUUUUGUGUGAUUUUUGAAAUUUUAAGUAUAAGUUUAGAUACUAAGUAUGUCUGAACAAAAAAUGUAGCACAUAAGCACCUACAUAAUAUUUUUGUGAGUCCAAUUGUUCUAAAAUCUUGCGGCUUAAAAUUGGUUUAUAGUAGUUAUGAACCUAAAAUUAAUAUUAUUUGUCACUAAUAAACUCAGAAAAAUAUGGUGUGGGUGCGCGUGAGUCGUCUGGUCCAAAAAAGGAAACAGUAUGUCGCUAUAUUUAGUCUGCUUGACUUUGUUUGGUCACCCUUGUGUGUAUAAAGUAUAUUUUAAAUUGAGUUGUUAAAUGAAUGAAUAAACUGUAUUAUAUUGAAA